AUGACCUCCCGCGAAGAUAGUGUCCUGGCCGCCAGAGACCCCUCCCUCACCGACGAAAACGACUGGGAAGAGUUCAGCCUGUCGGAAGUUCGAGUUCUGGUUCCGGGCAAAUCCCGCUAUGCGAAUUUAUUGACUGCCUCGCCGGAGAAUCCGGUCCAGGUGACGGGGUGUUUGGAUGAGGUGGAGGAGGAGCAGGAGAAGUUGGUGCUCGACCCAGAAUACUUGACUAAACGCAUCGUCCUCGAAAACGUCACCCACUUCGCCUACGGACAACAUAAUGAUGGAGAGGUCGGGUUCUGGGUGGCUGGGAAGGCGGGCUGGUUCUCGAUAUCUCCGGCGAAGGGGUACAAGGCCAUAUUUAAUGAUGUGGUGGAGGCGAUAGAUUUGUUAUAUUUUCUGGCGGAUAGGCAUCAGUCGAAGAGGAGGAGGAAGAGAAGGAAUUGGAACCCGAGUGUCGAGUAUUUGUGCGAGGAGUAUGUCAGCCAUACGCAUGGGAUUUGCGAGGAUGCGGAUGACUCUGCAGAGGUGUUUUAUAAACAUCAUCAUUUUCUGCUGUCGAGGAUGUUGAAGGGCGAGGAGGAGGUGCAGUGGACCAAUACAUGUAUCUUUGAGCAUCUGUGUGAGAAGUUUCCGGAUGACUAUGAGCAGAUUAAAGCGCAGUACGAAGGGGCGAAGGAGGUAGAGUCGGAGGAAGAAGAGGAAGACGAACAAGAGGAAGAUAAAGAAAUGGACGAGAAGGAGGACCAGGAUGAGGCGGAAGCACGACCAGAUACAUCUGGGCUAUCGAAAGACCAGGCAGAUGCUAUCUACAAGGUCAUUCUCGAUCUCAAAGAAGCGGGAUACUUGGCCAAGCGCCAAUUGACCUUCGAACUCCUAAUCAACACCCUCGUCGAACGCUUCGCCAUCGACAGUACUGACUAUGCACACGACCUCGUCGCCGCACGGGCCGACGCUAUCAUAGAGAUGAUGGACGAGGUGAAAACAUACAACUUUGACUGGUCUCGCAAGGUCAUUUACCGGGAGCUCAAAGCCGCAGCCAAGAAAAACAGAGUUCAGCAGAUUACCCUAACCCCGCUGCGGCCUCGCCCCUCCGAUGACGAUGAAUCGUCCGGAGAAGAGAGUGAACAUGAAGACCAUCCCCGACUGCGCAGACGCAGGGUCCACAAGUCGGUUUUGCGACCUAAGAGCUCUGUUGCCACGAAGCAGACCGGCAAACGAACACGGAGUGCAGUUGAUGACCAAGAUGAUGACUCGGAUAACAACGAAGACGCAAUGGACGAGUUCGAGACUCCAAGCAAAGUCCGCGGCCAUGAUCUCGUUCGUGACCCGUUGUCGACCCGUGCCAAGCGCAGGACUCGGUCCCUCCUGUACGAUUCAACCCCGAUCCAAAAGACGCCAUUGCAAGAGACGCUUCAAAGCCGGAACACAUCCGUUUCGGGGGCGGACCGUGAGACGAACGCAGACGCAUCAGAAUUGGAAGCCACAUUUGAAGACGAUGUAACAUCUGAUACCUGGACGUGUCACGUUCGCGGCUGCGAAAAGGUCAUCCACAAGAGCAAUUCUAAACGUGGCAAGGAGCUAAUCCAAGAUCAUGCUCUGGCUCAUGCAGAUGAUACUAAAGCAAAGAUCGAUCUUGUCUUUGCCGAGCAGAGACUCAACAUUGGACUUCCUGUUGACAAUCUCCUUAGUCGCAUCAGAGAGAUGGGCGCAUUCGAUACCGAUCAUCCGGUGGAUGGCGCUUUCACUAAUGGAGUGAAGACAUAA